UUCAAAGUUUAAGUUUCGUUUAUAAGCUUUUUAUUUUGUUACAAUGGUUAGGUAUCGCAUAUUUUAAAUUUAUGUGCAAGCCUUUUUGCAUUCUACUGAAGUGCAAUAUCAUCAGUUCUCAGAUGAACGCUAAAACUAGGUUACAUCCAUCUAUAAUCAAAGUCAACCCCCAUUUUGCUCGUGUAUUGGCUCACCCGCUGCCAAAUGCGUGCACUUCCGUUUUGCUAGUCUUGGCCUUCUUCCUCUUUCUGAUGGAAGGAGGGAGGUAUAUAAGAGACUGCUCCGCCCAGAGGUUUCACAAUCCAGAGUCAGUCAUGGUAGGAUCAACUCGAGCGACGUUACUUGGUCUUCUUCUGCUGAUCCUGUGGAAUGGGCUAGACGGUCAGCAGCUGCCCCUCGCGCGUCCCCAAAGAUCCCUAUACGAAGCUCCGCUGGAGCACGUAGAUCACCUGCCCCCAUUAGGUUGGAAUAGUGUUGCCGGUGGGUUCGGAGCGGGCGAGUGGGCUUACAGCCCCGUUGGCCUAGGCCACAUGAGCAAGGAUGAGCUCCUGACCCUGCUGGAGGCCUGGAAAGAGGUCGAACAGGAAUCAGCGACGACAACAACAUCGCCUCCAGAGGAGACCACCACACGAAGGCCACCUCCUCCUCCACCGCCGCCUCCUCGACCGCGCCCAAUUCCAAUUCCCAUUCCAAUGCCAGCUCCGGCUCUACCACCGAUUCCCCAGUUGCCUUCCGGAACACCCAUUAGCGUCAGGCUCCCAGCCUUUGUGCCUAUACGCCUGGCUGCCGUUUUUACUCCGCCCGCUAGCGGAGUAAAUGAGGUAGGAGCUGGUGAUGUUGCCCCUGGAGGCGGAGAUGUUGGAGAAGAUGCAGUUGUUAGUGAUGACGUCCCACAUGACGAUUCCACUCCCCGCCUGUUUCGUUUCAUGCCCAUGCCUGUGGCUCGAACCAAUCCCCAGUCUCAUUCAAAUUCCCAGCCCAGGCAGCAGUUCGUGGUAAGAAAUACCCUGGACAGCGUAGAUGUGGGCACCGCUCCAGUCAGACAGCAGGUUAAACCGGAUAUCAAGCCCAAAGCAACUGCAACUUAUCCGGCCAUUACCAAGCUCUCGAGCCAACCAGCUCCCUUUUUCCGACCAAGAUUUGGUGUGCCUCCGCAUCUAAGCAACGCCCGCUUUGAACUGGUGCCUUCCUCCCAAAUCAUCGGCGACUGGCGGGAGUGAUCGUGCAGAUCAACUGCCUUAUUCCGCAAACCAAAAGAGAAGGUUUUCCUCGAUGAAACCGAGCCAAUUUCGAAGGAGGCUUUCUUACUAGACCAUCCCAUCACUGGCCCCUUAUAUUCGAUUGUAUAUUAUUUUUUGUACUCCCAAGUACAAUAUCAAAUUAGUCAUAGGUUAACAUUUCACUAAAGUCUGGAAGUCGAUUAAUACUAUUUUUUUUGUUAAUUUAAAUUUGUUUGUAUUUAAGUACACCAUCCGAGUAAACCAUUUUGGAAAGAGAACUGUAUUUAUAUUGACUUGGAAUGGAAAUCACAUCGAAUCCAAUCCUAUUUGUAAAUCUGAACGUUAAGUUCAAUCAUAUUGCCCUGCUCCUUCAAUCAAUAGUUUAUACAACAAUUCAAUUCCAUAUAACUUGAAAAGGUAAACAGAGCAUACAUUUUUGGCAAAAAAGUAAACCAUUUAAGAUUCAAGAAAUUUCCAUGAUGAGCAGCUACGAAUAUUUUAAAGAUCUUUGCGGUGUGGGCACUCCGCGUCCGAAUUUUCAGCGGCUGAUUCAUUACGCAGAGCCCAACGAAGAUGAUCAUAAGGGCAAUCGGGAGGUGCUUGGGUGGUAUAAGCGAAAACACAGCAUACGCACGGAGGACCCCUUUACCAGGACCCAGAAGACUGCACUCGACGUGGAGCUAAUGCGGAUACAGAAAAAGUACGCAGUGUCCGCCAGCCAACUGAUAAAAAUACUGCAGCGACUCGACCAAGCUGCUGAGCCGAGCGAAUGCGAUGGUGAUAGCUGUGCGACGUAUAUUGUCAAGGUUUUCGAACCACAGGUGAUGGGGAGUGUGGAUGUGAAAGAUGAUCAAGUAACGCUUGAGAUGGGCAAGGUCAAAAAAGUGAGGUUCAACAUGCUGAGUACACACAAUUAUGAAUCGGACGGUGAUAGCACUGCAACCUUUACCUGGAGCACGGUUAUGGAGCCACAGGCGAUGGGGGAAGAUCGCGAGGUGACGCCUCAGAUGACCAAAGGCAAGCUGUGUAGUGAAUCGGACGGCGAUAGCGGUGUAACCUUUAUCUGGAGCAAGAUUAUGCUGUCAAAGGUGGUAAGGGCUGGGGAUGAGAAUGAAGUGGUUUUUAGUCCCAGCCAGAGGUCCAUCAUAGAUACGGAUUCUAAAAGGACUAACGAGGUGUCCACAAAAGCGGGUUUAAUGGCCGCCUUUAACCGGCGACACAGGUUUUUCCAAAUCCUGGCUAGGCAGUCCAGGAGCCCGCCUUCAGUUGUGGCUUAGUUUAAGAAAAUCAUGUGAAUUAUUAAGUAAAUCAAAGUACAUGUGUAUACCUGGGAGUACAUCAUUUUUCUGGAUAUUAAAUUCGAGCAAUGCAA